AUGGCCACAUCACCAGCGGAUGGCCAAGAUGGCCACCUGCAGAAGCGGUUCUCCAAAAUCACCAUGAUUGGCAUGGCCUUUGCUAUCCUCAAUACUUGGAUUUCUCUAGCUGGGUCCAUUGGUUUGGUGAUGCCCUCGGGUGGGUCAGUGUCAUUUGUGUACGGCUUCAUCUUCUGUGUCAUUUGCAACGUCGCUCUUAGUGCCAGCGUUGGAGAGCUUGCAUCGCUCUAUCCGACAGCUGGUGGACAGUAUCACUACGCUUAUGCACUUUCGACGAAGAAGUGGAGGAAGCUGACGAGCUUCUUCGUUGGAUGGGUCAACAUCGCUGGCUGGCUUACACUUAAUACUACAGCGGCGUAUUUUGGAGCUCGAUUCCUCGCCGCAGCAGCUGUCGCGGCUUCUGGCGGCUCCUACGAGAUCACGCAAUGGAGCACGUACUUGAUGUUCGUUGCUGUGUCCAUCAUUGGGGUCUUCCUGAACAUUUUUGCAUAUCCAAUCCUCAACCGCUGGAACGAAGGAGCGCUGUACUGGUCUUUGCUCAGUGUCGUCGUGAUCAGCAUCGUGCUCCUUGCAACCUCCCCAAAGACAGACGCCGAGUUUGUCUUCACGAAUUUCUCCAAUACAACCGGAUGGAGCGAUGGUACCGCUUGGAUGCUUGGGCUUCUUCAGUCUGCCCUCAGCCUGAUUGGGUUUGAUGCUGUCGCGCACAUGGUUGAGGAGAUGCCUAGCCCAUCUAAAGAUGCCCCCCAAGCCAUGGUCGGUGCUGUGAUCGUUGGUGGAACGACGGGAAUUGCGUUCAUCCUCGUGAUGCUCUUCUGUGCCGUUGAUAUCGAUGUACUGCUCUCCUCGCCCACCCAAAGUCCUCUGACAGAGAUGAUAUUGCAAGCUACAAAGAGCAAAGCAGCCGCGACUGUUUUGAGCGUCGCAGUUGCCCUGUGUUUCGUCAAUGGCGCCAACGGUUGCGUUACGUCGGGCAGUCGCUUGGUCUGGUCUAUGGCUCGAGACAAUGGAACUCCAUUUUCGAAAUACCUCUCACACCUUCACCCCAAGCUAAAUGUCCCUGUACGCGCAAUUGUUGUGCAAGCCAUCUUCAACAUCCUUUUCGGUCUUCUUUACCUCGGUCCUGAAGUGGCGUUCAAUGCGUACAUCGCAAGCUGCACAUUGUUCUUGAAUCUUUCUUAUGCAAUGCCCGUCAUGAUUCUGCUGAUCAGGGGGCGCAAACUAGUUACGGAUAACCCACCUGUUUUCUCCUUGGGUGGAGGCUUCAUGGGCUAUCUCACGAAUUGGACAUCGGUUCUCUUUGUAGUUGUAACGUCUGUCUUCUUUUGCUUCCCACCAGCAAUCCCCAUUGAUCUUUCGACCAUGAACUACGUAACCGCCGUCAUUGGAGUUUUCAUCGUCUACGCGGUUGCACUCUGGGUGAUCAAGAGAAAAACUUACAAUGGUCCUAGGUUUGAGCUGAUCCUCGGGGAGGAGUUGCCGACAGCAAACCCUAUCGAAGAUCAAGACUAUGCAAAAGGAAUAGUCGUCUCACCACAUAAUAAGUUGUGA